CAAGUACAAAAUCCUAUUUUCAUGUUCUUUGUUCCCAAAUUAAAAGUUCCUCAACAUUUCUGGGCUUUCGUUUGAACUUUUAAGUUGAAUUGAUUUCGAGCUGUUGCAAGAGUUAGAUUGUUGAUUGGUUCUGCAAUGUUGAAGAGUGUAUUUGGUGAACUGUUUAGUAAAGAAGUGCACAGCAAUGGAGGAAAUAAAGCUAUGCAUUGUUUGUAUAUGAUGACGAAAAACAUUCACACCGGAAAGUCCCACUGUUCUCCAAGGAGCUUCUUUGGGGUGGAAGAUUACCUGGAUGAUAACAAUAGCCGGCCAUAUACAUACCAGAAGGAGAAGAAAUCAAAGAAUCCGCAAAAGCACAUAUCAUUUAAGCAGCGGACAAUUGCUUUCAUGGAACCUUUUACCCUGGAUGUGUUAAUCUCUAAGCGAUUUGUCCAGGCCUCUCUCACUCAUAGAGUGACAUGUAAGCAGGUUGCAGUUUCUGGUACCAAUUCCAAGGAUAUUAAAGCUGCUCUCAAGUCCCGAUGUGAUAUACCAGCUUGUUUGGCUGUUGGUAGGAUUCUGGCUGACAGAGCAAGAGAAGCAGAUGUUUACACAGCUUCUUACACCCCAAGGGCUAGAGACAAAUUCGAAGGGAAGAUUAGAGCAGUAGUGCAGUCUCUCAUUGAUAAUGGCAUCGAUGUUAAAGUCUAUCUUGACUGAUUAUAUAAUGUGAUAUCAAAUCUUCAUGGCUGUUUUUGUGACCUAGCCCUGGAUUAGCUCAUGCUCUUAGUCUAAGAAACCACUGCUGCAUGCCUGAAUUAUAGAUAGGUUGAUCGGACUACUUGUAUAUUAGAAUGCUGUGAUCAUAAUUUAUGACAGUUGGUUUAUUUAGUGUGUUUUCUGCCAAGUAUGGAACUCUUCAGAUUGAGAAUUUUUCUUAACUGUAGUCACAGGUUUUGUGGUUUGAACACAACUAGAUUGUUUCAUCAA